AUGCCCUCCCCGCACACAGAAUCCCAAUUAUCCCAAACCUUGGAAGAUUUACUUCAUGUAUUCAUCUUCCGCACCACCAUUCGUAGCUCACUAAUCCUCAAAGAAAUAGAUAAACUCACCCAUACCACCACUGAACAAGAAGUCGAGUAUGCUAAAAUGUGUUCGAUCAUUCUUCAUCAUGCCAAUGAAGUUCGCGCGGUCAAACAGGCCAUUGCCGCCCUUCCAAUUCCAGCCGAGGAGAAAGAAAACCACCUACAAACUCUAGCCAUUCUCAGUGCGGAAAACAUCAUUUACCGCAUGGGCCAUACUUUAAUUGCCAUGAAAGGUCUAACCAUUGCCUCCAAUAUUAACACGUGCUUCGUGCGGAAAACCCAGAAGUUCUGGGUCCUCCCAGAAAACGUAGAAACCGUCCAGGCUAUGGUUAUUCCCUACCUCCCCGUUUAUGUUUUCGGCGAUGACGGCAGUGGCAAGAUAUCCUCAGUUAUUUCCAGUGUUUAUCUAGACACUCAUGACUUCUACCUCUACCAAAGAAGAAUCAGACGCGAACAAGGCGCCAAAGCCCUACGCAUCCGCAAGUACAGUGAAUCGUCCAUCAUUGCCUACGUAGAACUUAAAUCCCAUGAAGAAGGCUGGACCGGCGAGAAAAGCACCAAACGUCGUUUUCUUAUUCAUACCAAGUACACCCAAGCAUUUAUUAAUGGCACAGAUAUUUGGGACGAAAUCAAGUCCAUCAAUGCCUCAGAAGCCUUCCCACUCUAUACCGAAGUCCUCCAAAUGAUUCGCACCCAUUCUUUAUUCCCAGUUGUCAAGACCGUCUACACCCGUACGGCCUUCCAGUUCCCAACCGACUCCUCCGUCCGUAUUUCCAUGGACACUAACCUCUCCAUGUGGAUUGAAGAGACCGGUAAAGUCUUCCCAUACGCUAUUCUAGAAGUCAAACUAGAAGAAGGCGCCGAUUACCCCUGGGUCUACAACCUUAUGAACAGUAAGUUAGUCAUUCCAGUUGAUAAGUUUUCUAAAUACCUCCAUGGCUGUGCCAUCCAUUACGACUCCGUCCCAACUAUUCCCUACUGGUACAACCAAAUGGUCCAUCUCAAACCAGAACCAUUCAACUUCCAGCAUACACCCGAUCCCCACCCACAAUUCACCCAAAUCAACCAAGAACUCGCCCAAGUCAUCACCUCCAUUAUCAACAACCCAACUCAACCCAAUUCCCAGUCCACCCCCAAUCUUGCAGCCACUCCCUACCUCCCCCUCUCAUCCGACACUGAAUCUACUCCAUCUCCUCCAUCUUCUCCAUCCACUAAUAACUCUCUCCACCCCAACCCAUCACACCCCAACCCAUCUCAACCCAACCCUAACUCAUCACACCCCACUCAACUAUCCUUGCGUCCAACACAAAUCAACAAACCCACCUCUCCGGUACAAAUGACGUGCCAUGUAAACACACCACAAAUAAUGGCAGAGAACCGCACUCCCCCAAACACUUCCCUAUUUGAACCUUCAGCCCUCCGCCAACCUUCUUCCCAAGCCGCACCCACCUCCCAAUCCUCUCGUCCUAUCGUUGUGCCCGUCCGCGUUGAACCCAAAGUCUUCUUCGCCAACGAAAGAACCUUCCUUUCCUGGCUCCAUUUCUCCAUCUUCAUUGGAGGUAUUGGCGCAGCUCUAAUGGGUCUAGGCGAUAUGUCAGCCGCUCUUUCCGGUCUUUGUUUUGUGAUUGUGUCCGUUAUCUUUUCUUUAUACGCCCUCUAUCUAUAUCUUUGGCGAGCAAAAAAGAUAAGAGAAAAAGAUAUCGGACCAUACGAUGACUACACUGGACCUAUAAUUCUAGUCGCAGUCUUUCUAUCUGCCAUGAUUACUUCAGUGGUCUUUAAGUAUCCACUUAAGUAG